AUGGAAAGGCAUACCGACAUACACAUCGUGAUUCUCUGUCAAGGGCAAGCUUACCCUGUGCCAGCGUUCAGAUGGUACAAGUUCAUUGAGGGCACAUCGAGGCGUCAGCCGGUUCAACUAAAUGAGCGCGUACGUCAGGUCAGCGGCACUCUGAUCAUCCGUGAAGCCCGAGUCGAAGAUUCCGGUAAAUAUCUUUGCAUCGUCAACAAUUCCGUCGGCGGCGAAAGUGUGGAGACUGUUUUGACUGUUACGGCACCGCUGACCGCGGAAAUCGAGCCUAGCACGCAGACCAUCGAUUUUGGAAGACCAGCGACCUUCACUUGUACUGUCCAAGGCAACCCGAUCAAGACCAUCUCCUGGCUUAAAGAUGGAAAGCCCCUUGGAUUGGAAGAUCGCGUGCUGAGAAUCGAGAGUGUGAAAAAAGAGGAUAAGGGAAUGUACCAAUGUUUCGUUAGAAAUGAUCAGGAAAGUGCACAAGCAACAGCAGAGUUAAAACUUGGUGGCAGAUUCGAGCCCCCGCAGAUCCGUCAAGCCUUCGCCGAAGAGACUCUUCAACCCGGACCGAGUAUGUUUUUGAAGUGCGUUGCCAGCGGGAAUCCUACCCCCGAAAUUACCUGGGAACUUGAUGGAAAACGGUUGUCGAACACCGAGAGACUGCAAGUGGGACAAUACGUCACGGUCAAUGGUGAUGUCGUGUCGCAUCUGAAUAUUUCGAGCAUUCAUACCAAUGAUGGUGGUCUCUACAAGUGCAUCGCUGCGUCAAAGGUUGGAGCUGCCGAGCAUUCUGCCCGUCUCAACGUUUAUGGUUUGCCGUUUAUUCGUCAUAUGGACAAGAAGGCUAUCGUUGCUGGAGAAACUUUGCGUGUCACUUGUCCUGUUGCUGGAUACCCGAUCGAAAGUAUCGUUUGGGAACGAGAUACCAGGGUCCUGCCAAUCAACAGAAAACAAAAGGUCUUCCCUAAUGGCACACUCAUCAUCGAAAAUGUUGAACGAAUGAGCGACCAGGCAACCUAUACUUGCGUGGCACGUAAUGCACAAGGUUACAGCGCACGUGGAACACUGGAAGUUCAAGUCAUGGUUGCCCCGCAAAUACUACCUUUCGCUUUCGGGGAUGAGCCGGCCAGCUGGGGCGAACUGGUCUCAAUCACCUGCUCUGUCACGAAGGGUGAUCAGCCUAUUGAAAUAACUUGGACUUUUAACGGAACGCCAAUCGACAAUCGCGAUUCUGAUGUAGUAGUAGCCAGCACGAAUCGAAAAAACAGUGUCUUAACUAUCGAAUCGGUCGCGGCUCGACACGCUGGCGAUUAUACCUGUACUGCGUCCAAUCGCGUUGGUGCCACGACAUAUACGGCUCAUCUGGCUGUAAACGUACCGCCGCGAAUCGCACCCUUCGAAAUGGCCGACAAAGCGGUUAAUUGGGGUGAUUCUGUAUCGGCGGUUUGUACGGUGGUUAACGGGGAUACCCCGUUAGAGAUCACGUGGGCGUUGAAUGGAAUGCUUAUCGAGGAGAAUCAUCGAAUAUCCGUGACUACUACCAAGAGGAACAGCCUGCUGUCUAUAGAUUCUGCGAGUCCUAGUCAUGCGGGCACUUACACUUGCGUUGCCUCCAAUGCUGCCGGCGCAAUCACUUAUUCCGCGGAGUUGACAGUCAACGUUGCGCCGCACAUAGGGCCUUUCGCGAUCAGUGACGGACCGGCGAAUUGGGGUGACAUGGUUUCGGCGACGUGUUCCAUUAUGAAAGGCGAUUUUCCCGUAAAGAUUGUUUGGACAUUUAACGGCAAACCGAUUAGUUUGCAUGAUUCUGAUAUUACGAUCACGAACAUAAAUAAACAUAUGAGUGCUCUCAGCAUCGAAUCCGUGGCCGCGAGGCAUGCAGGCGAGUACACGUGUGUAGCUACGAACAGAGCCGGCAACGUCAGCCAUUCGACCAUCCUCGUCGUCAAUGUUGCUCCGCAGAUAUUCCCGUUCACAUUCGGCGACGAGCCGAUAAACUCGGGCGAGGCGAUCUCUGCGACCUGUUCCAUUCUCAAGGGGGACUUCCCGAUGGACAUUGCCUGGGCAUUCAACGGCGAGCCGAUAUCCGUCGAAAGUACAGAUCAGUUCUCUAUUACGAAGAACAAGCGCCUCAGCGUCCUGUCGAUCGAUGCUGUCGCGGCUAGACACGCCGGCGAAUAUACUUGCACCGCGUCGAACAAAGCCGGAGCCUCCAGCCAUACGGCCGCUCUAGCCGUGAACGUCGCUCCGCAGAUAGCGCCGUUCUCGAUCAGUGACGAGCCCGCGAAUUGGGGCGAAGCGGUCUCGUCGGUUUGUACGGUUGUGAAGGGAGACCUGCCGAUCGAAGUAGCGUGGGCAUUGAAUGGCGAGGCUAUCACCAAGGAGAAUUACGGAGAUAUAUCGAUAUCGAGUACCAGCAAACGAGUCAGUCUAAUGACAAUCGAGGCUGCGAGUCCGAGACACGCCGGAGAGUAUACUUGCACAGCCUCGAAUGCUGCCGGAGCGACGAGUUACUCCGCCACCUUGGCUGUGAACGGUACUGGCAUGCAUGAAAUGAAGUGCCUCGUUGCAAUCGAGAGAUUGAGCUUGAGAUUCUGCUUGCAAGCAUAAUUCUCUCCACAGAUAGCGCCGAUCUCCUUCGGCGAAGAACCCGUUAAUGCCGGAGAUCUGGUAUCGGUGCAAUGCGUAGUAACCAAAGGCGAUUUUCCUCUGGAGAUCACGUGGAUCUUCGAUAAUCGUCCUAUACAGUCUUAUCAUGGCGACGUGAUCGUAUCCGAUACUGGAAAGCGCGUCAAACAACUGAUCAUCGAAUCGGUAGCUGCGCGACACGCCGGGGAAUAUACCUGCGUUGCUUCAAACGCAGCUGGAUCGACUUCCUAUUCAACCAUAUUAAACGUGAAUGUCAUUCCGAAAUUAUUGCCAUUCGCGUUCGGCGAGGAGCCGCUUAAUUCAGGUCAAGUAGUAACGGUACCGUGCGCAGUGGUCGAGGGCGAUCAACCCUUGCAGCUCCGUUGGACCUUAAACGGUCAUGCGAUUUCGCCGCACUCCGGAAUCUCGAUCGUGGAUUUGGGCGGACGUGGCGCCAUACUCAGCAUAGGAUCCGUCCAGGCGACCCAUGCUGGAACGUACACGUGUGUCGCGGAAAACCUUGCCGGCAGACACGAGCUUUCGGCCGAUCUCAUUGUGAACGGUGCAUACUCUGAUCCGCAAGGUAUACUCGAUAUUUCGUUGAUCGCUCCACAUCUGCAGCCGUUCGCGUUCGACGAGGCCAACUCCGGCGAUCUGAUAAUCGUCCAUUGCGCGGUCGUGAAAGGGGACACGCCGAUUUCACUCAAGUGGUUGUUCGAGGGCCGCCAUUUAGAGAUAGGCGAAGGAGUGGGUAUCACCGCGUUGGGGGAUAGAGUCUCAGCCCUGACGAUUCCCGCUGUCAGGGGGGAACACGCCGGGGAGUAUGCUUGUGUCGCCGAUAAUCCAGCGGGCAGUGCUCGGCACAGCGCCCAUCUGAAAGUGAACGUCCUGCCACGAAUCAAUCCGUUCGAUUUUGGAGACCGACCGAUCUAUGCCGGGCAGGCCGCCCAAUUGGCAUGCAUGGUACCGAUAGGCGACACGCCAAUUGAGAUCGCCUGGAUCCACGAGGGCGAACCAUUGUCGCAGUUCAUGGGAUUCAGCGUCGGGAAACUCGGUCCACGGACGAGUAUACUACUGAUCGAGCCGGUAACACCGGAGCACAGCGGACAUUACGCGUGUGUCGCUAGUAAUCCGUCGGGCAGGGCGAUCCACGAAGCAACCUUACGAGUCCACGUACCUCCUCGUUGGAUCCUGGAACCUACCGAUAAAGCAUUUGCUCAAGGAUCCGAUGCACGAGUAGAGUGCAAAGCCGAUGGAUUCCCCAAGCCUCAAGUCACAUGGAAGAGAGCUGCUGGAGAUACGCCGGGAGAUUAUACCGAUUUGAAAUUGAGCAACCCUGACAUUAGCGUGGAAGAUGGCACUCUCUCUAUUAACAAUAUACAAAAGACAAAUGAAGGCUAUUACCUUUGUGAGGCUGUUAAUGGAAUUGGAUCAGGCUUAUCAGCUGUCAUUCUUAUUUCGGUUCAAGCUCCUCCGCAAUUUGAAAUUAAAUUAAGAAAUCAAACCGCUCGUCGUGGAGAACCGGCUGUAUUGCAAUGCGAGGCGCAAGGAGAGAAACCAAUCGGUAUUUUAUGGAACAUGAACAAUAAGAGAUUAGAUACAAAGAGUGAUCCUCGUUAUACUAUUCGUGAAGAAAUCUUGGCUAACGGAGUACUGUCCGACUUGAGCAUUAAACGAACCGAAAGGAGCGAUUCUGCCUUGUUCACUUGCGUAGCUACGAAUGCCUUCGGUAGUGAUGACACUAGCAUUAAUAUGAUCGUACAAGAGGUGCCAGAAGUUCCAUAUGGUCUGAAAGUGUUAGAUAAAUCAGGACGUUCGGUGCAAUUAUCAUGGGCCGCACCUUAUGAUGGAAACAGUCCGAUUAAACGAUAUGUUAUUGAAUACAAAAUCAGCAAGGGUUCCUGGGAAACUGAUAUUGAUCGAGUGCUCGUACCUGGCUCGCAACAAAACGUAGCUGGAGUAUAUAAUCUAAGACCCGCGACUACCUACCAUCUUCGAAUCGUCGCUGAAAACGAAAUUGGCACAUCUGAUCCGUCUGACACGGUCACCAUUAUCACCGCAGAAGAAGCACCUACUGGCCCACCAACUUCUGUCAAAGUGGAUGCUCUCGAUCAACACACGCUCAAAGUAACGUGGAAACCGCCCCCGCGCGAGGACUGGAACGGUGAGAUUCUCGGCUACUAUGUUGGAUACAGACAGUCGUCGGACAAGCCAUACAUGUUUGAGACUGUCGACUUCUCCAAGGAAGAUAUAAAGGAGCAUCACUUACAGAUUGCAAAUCUCAAGACUUACACCCAGUAUGGCGUGGUCGUUCAAGCAUUUAACAAAGUCGGUUCCGGACCAAUGAGCGAGGAACGUAGGCAACAUACUGCAGAAGGCGUGCCCGAACAACCGCCUCAUGACACUACUUGCACAACUCUUACUUCACAAACUAUCAGAGUGUCCUGGGUGUCACCACCACUUAGCGCAGCCAAUGGCGUUAUCACUGGUUACAAAGUCAUCUAUGGACCGUCCGAUACGUGGUACGAUGAGAAUACGAAAGACACUAAGAUUACAUCUUCUAGUGAGACUAUCCUGCACGGUCUCAAGAAAUAUACCAAUUACAGCAUGCAAGUUCUGGCUUUUACAUCUGGAGGAGACGGCGUUAAGUCUGCACCAAUUCACUGCCAAACUGAGCAAGAUGCACCUGAAGCUCCUAUUGCUAUCAAAGCUUUAGUCAUGUCUUCGGAAUCCAUUCUUAUCUCAUGGCGUCCGCCCAGCCAACCUAAUGGAGUUAUUUCUCAGUAUACUGUUUAUACGAAAGCGGACAAUGCGGAGGAGCCAACUAAUCAGAAAGUACCACCAAAUCAACUAACUCAUGAAGCGUCUGGAUUAGACAAGCAGCAAAGAUAUGAAUUUUGGGUGACCGCUAGCACGAAUAUUGGUGAAGGUGAAGCUUCCAAGAUUGUAACUUUGGGACCAAGUGUUCGAGUACCGGCCAAGAUCGCAUCGUUUGAUGAUAAAUUCACUGCAACAUACAAAGAGGACGUUAAGCUGCCGUGUCUCACUGUCGGUGUACCGGCACCGGAAGUAACAUGGAAGGUACGAGGCGCUAAUCUUCAAACAACCGAACGAUUGAAACAAUUACCCGAGGGAUCGCUAUUCAUCAAGGAAGUCGAUCGCGCGGACGCUGGAGAAUAUUCUUGUUACGUGGAAAAUUCCUUUGGACAUGAUACCGUGACUCAUCAGUUGGUCGUCCACGCUCCUCCGCACUCACCGCAAGUUACCCUUACCGCCACCACCACUAAUUCUUUGACGAUGAAAUUACGCCCGCAUCCCACGGACAAUGCACCGAUUCAUGGCUAUACGAUUCACUACAAACCUGAGUUUGGCGAUUGGGAAACCGUUCAGAUCAGCUCCACAGCACAGAAAUAUACACUCGAGAAUCUGUGGUGCGGUUCCCGAUAUCAGAUUUAUGUCACUGCUUAUAAUGGAAUCGGAAUCGGCGAUCCUUCAGACAUUCUAAACACGCGCACAAAGGGCUCCAAACCAAUCAUCCCCGAAGCGGCGAAAUUCAUUGAGGUAUCCACAAAUAGCAUCUCUUUACACUUGAGCACCUGGUCAGAUGGUGGCUGUCCUAUGUUGUACUUCGUUGUUGAACACAAGAAGAAAAUGCAACAGGAAUGGAAUCAAGUCUCGAACAACGUCAAACCAGGCGGUAAUUUUGUAGUAUUGGAUCUAGACCCCGCUAGCUGGUACCAUUUGCGUGUUACGGCUCACAAUAAUGCUGGUUUCGCCGUGGCCGAGUAUGAAUUUGCGACUUUGACGGUGACUGGCGGCACCAUUGCACCGGCCCGCGAGCUGCCGGACGUGAACAGUGGUAGCAACGAUGAAGACCCAAUGAAAAUUUUCAUGGCUAACUUAAAUCUGGUCGUACCUGUAGUAGCAGCCAUACUCGUAAUAAUCGUUGCCAUCAUUGUGAUCUGCGUUCUCAGGGGGAAGGGUCACAGUAGCGAUAAAGGUACGAUCGCACCUCCCAUACGUAAUGGCGGUAAUGACAACACUGCGGAUGUGAGACGGUAUUUCCCAUGGUUACCCACCUGGCUCGACGUAAACGUGGUGGUGCCAAUUGGUGCGACGGUCGUUGUUAUAAUAGUAGGAAUAGUUGUCAUUUGCGUGGCGCUCUCGAGAAGAACUCGAGGCCCGGAACAAACACGGCUGCGAGACGACGUAGUCUACCAGCAAACCGGAGUUGGCGGCGCUACCUUGGACAAACGCAGAUCUGAUCUUCGCGAUGAAUUGGGAUACAUCGCACCCCCGAAUCGCAAGCUUCCACCUGUACCCGGCUCAAAUUACAACACCUGUGAUCGUAUCAAGCGAGGUACAGUUAUAAGUGGAACUGGCUCAUUAAGGAGUCACUCGACGUGGGAUCCGAGGCGACACAUGUAUGAGGAAUUGAGUCACUACGCACCCAAUAGGAGAUGCCCACCACCACCACCACGUAUGGGCAGCGCGGAUGGUCUUUCGCACAGAGAUUUUCCAUCUAUAGUGGCAGAGUCUACCCUGGUUGAUUGUCCAUUUUUAGGUAUGGAGGAUGAGAUCUGCCCAUACGCUACGUUCCAUUUAUUGGGGUUCCGCGAGGAAAUGGAUCCGAGCAAAGCUAUGCAAUUCCAGACUUUCCCUCAUCCAGGAAAUGGCCAUUCUGGCACUAUGGGACCACCCGUAGGACAUCCGACUAACGCUUCUGCUCAUAGUCGCUCUGGAUCUCAGUCUAUGCCUCGUCAAAACGGUCGCUACUCUCGAGUACCAUCCCAAGGAGGCGGCAGCGGCACGCACAAUGUCUUUUCACCCGAAUAUGACGAUCCGGCUAACUGCGCUCCAGAGGAAGACCAGUACGGAUCACAGUACGGACAAUACGGUGCACCUUACGAUCAUUACGGAUCUCGCGGAUCGGUCGGACGUCGUAGUGUAGGCUCGGCUCGCAACCUUCCCAUCUCUGGCUCACCGGAACCGCCUCCACCACCACCGAGAAACCAUCAGGAUCAGAAUAAUUCCAGCUUCAAUGAUAGCAAGGAGAGCAACGAGAUUAGCGAGGCCGAGUGUGAUCGCGAUCAGCUUGUCAACCGCAACUACGGCGUGAAUGCUCGCGGCAAGGACGGCAUGACCACCGAGGAGAUGCGUAAACUCAUUGAGAGAAACGAAGCUCCCGGCCGGCAAACCGGCGGCCCCCACGGCGGUCACGGGGGACUCCUCACACCCUACGAUACUGUGGCAGUGUAACCUGUAAAUCGUCAUCUUCCGUGAUCUUCCGCCUCUCUCGAUAGCCGGCGGCCGUGAGAAAAGGAGCUGAGAGACGCGGAAAUGAAGCGCACGCUAACUCUUCCCCCGGUGCUGUCGUCGGUCCAAUUUGCAACGAUUUACGAUAGAAAUUAGAAACGUCGUCGCGAGUAGAUAGAUUCGAUUACCGUGUAAGGUGUACGCGUAUUGAUAUCAUCUCGAGAUCAUAUGAUUACGGACGAGGAUUCUGCAGCCCGCCUCGCGAAAUAGGAUCGCCUCCUUCGCUCUUGCGACCAUAUCACACAACUUUUCUCUUUCUCUCGGCCUUCCGCUCUUUCAUUGUAUUUCCUCGGGUACGUUCGUUUAUAUUUGAUCCUGAGGGAAGGCCAAUUUGAAACUGCCUUGUUUUUGAUAAAUCUUUUUGGAUAGGUUUAAUCGAUUAUGCGCAUUCGAGAAGGCUAAACUCAAGACUGUCUGUAUCUACUGCCCUUCCUGCGAAGGAGGCACAGCGAUUCGUGAGGUCAGCCAUACUUCGUUCGUAACUUUUUUACGAGUCCUGGAAUUUCUCGCGCACGUUCGAUUACAUCUGAAAUUUUUUUAUACCUACAGCUAUAGAAAGCUAUGACCUGCGUUUUAAUACGUGUCUUCCUCGAUGACGUGCGAUCAGACUCAAUGAUUUGUAAAUGUAUAUUUGACGACACGAACUUAUAAAUUAAUCGUCUAUCUCCGCACACACAUACACAUGACGAAAUAUUUCGAUUAUCGGAGACACUGAGGGGAAUUUGAAUCUUCUCGCACUAUAUUCGUCGAACGUGCACGAGAUCUUGGAGGCUCAUGAGACUGCCGCGAGAGAUUUGUCCUGUAGGAAGGCGAACACAGCCGGAAGUCGUGUUCGCGGACUGUUCAGUUGCGGCAGAGACGCGGCCCGCGAUGGUGCUCUCGGCGACGAUGGAUUUAACGGGGGUCUUCUGAUAUACAAUAUAUAUCCAGGAUAUAAUCCUAGGUUACAUUCGCAGGAGUUGCGAAGGAUAAUGGAAAAAAAAAAGAAAGAAAGAAAGGAAACGUAUAAACGACAUAUAUGCGUAUACAUGAGAUUAGCUGGUCGCUUUUUAAGUCAUGGUUGUGCCACACUGCCGCUCCCUGCGGGCGUACGAUAUAUAGAUACAUACGUACACAUAUACUAUAUACAUAUACUGUACGAUUUAUAAUUUCGUAACGAAGGUUGUGUCCCCGCCCUUGUCCCUGCUCCCUUUUCGUCCUUUUUGCCCUUUAUUCCCCUUGAUGAUCGGUGAUCUUGAGUCUCGUGGUCUCGACGUCGCGGAGAGCAAGAUUUAUAGGGUACGUCGUCGCAUUUUCGUCUUUCGUCGUCGUCCUUGUAGUAAUCCGUUUAGGCGAUCGAUUCGAGACAUUCCUAUAUUGUUCGCUCGAAAGGGGAUAAGUCCCGUACACGAAACACCGAUCGACUGUCCGUAGGAAGAACAACGCGGCAAGCCAUUGAGGGAACGCUUCGAUAUACACACGGCAGGCCAGCCAAAGCCUCAUAACAUUACGAUACAUGAUCGCCACGCGCGCUGGCGCGUGCACGCAAAAUACGCCACACUACACUUGCUGUCGUCCUAUAUGAUAUAAAUAUUUAGUCCGCUCUGUAUACACCUAAUUAUUCCGCCCCUCCCCCUCCUCGUGCUAAUCUUCUAUUGAUCAAUUACGCGACGUACCGUACGUAAGAUUCACUGAUAUCGCGACGAUGAUCGUUACAGGUGUAAGCGAUUCGAGUAAUAAAAGAAGUUGAUUUAACGUAGAUAGUUUGUAAGUCGGACGGAUGGUCGCGAGAAGGCGAUCGUUGAUUUUCGCGACGAGGCGAGAAGUCGGGAUCUGGUUAACGGAAUGUAUACCUCAGGACGCAAAUCGAAGAUGGUCUGUCUGUCCGCGAUCGGACGAUUGAUCUUUUGCUGGUUCGAUGAACGAAGCGGAUGCUUCUUGAGCUUCUUCGCAUAUGCACCAGCCCGACAUCGCGCAACGCCGCGGCCACGA